GUGGUCCCUGAGGAGAAUGCAAUUUUCACUCGUGGGGAAGAAGGGGAACGGCGAGCCCAACUGACUUGUGCGAAUCGACUUGGCGAUGGCGGAGUCAGGUGGUGCGCAGAUUAUCGACGGCAAGCUGAUCGCCAAGCAAAUACACUGGAGUAUCGCUCAGGAGAUCACAACUUUGAAAGAACGCCAUGACAAGGUUCCAGGUCUGGCUGUUCUCAUUGUCGGAGAAAGAAAGGAUUCUCAGACUUAUGUGCGCAUGAAGCGAAAAGCUUGUGCCGAAGUGGGCAUAAAGUCCUUUGAUGUAGAUCUACCAGCCACUGCAACCGAGGAGGAAAUUUUGGACGCUGUGCUCGCGCUCAAUGCUAAUCCUGAGAUUCAAGGUAUACUGGUGCAGUUACCUCUGCCCAAGCAUGUUAAUGAACAAAAGAUCUUACUAGCCAUCAGCAUUGAGAAAGAUGUGGACGGCUUUCACCCUCUUAACAUCGGAAAUCUCACUAUGAAGGGCAGAGAACCUUUGUUCAGUCCCUGCACUCCAAAGGGUUGCAUAGAGCUACUGAAGGAAAGUGGCAUCGCGAUUGCCGGGAAAAGGGCAGUGGUGGUGGGACGUAGCAACAUCGUCGGAAUGCCAGUGGCAUUGAUGCUAAAUAAUCGUGAUGCCACCGUCACGAUUGUUCACUCACGCACCAAAAACCCCGAAGCAAUCAUCAGAGAAGCGGACAUCGUCAUAGCUGCUGCAGGUCAACCGCUGAUGAUAAAAGGAGACUGGAUCAAGCCCGGUGCAGCUGUCAUCGAUGUUGGCACCAAUUCUGUAGAUGAUCCUAGCAAGAAGAGCGGUUACCGCCUUGUUGGAGACGUUGACUUUGAAGAAGUGAAGAAGGUAGCGGGAUUCAUCACCCCAGUACCAGGAGGAGUAGGGCCUAUGACCAUUGCCAUGUUGCUCCAAAACACUCUUGAGAGUGCAAAACGUAUGUUUGCGCUAGAAGGUUAACAUACUGUUGUACACUUCUCAGAAAGUCAUAGAAAAUUUGAGGUUGACCCGGAAAUUGUAUCUGUACUAUACCAGUAUCAAUGGGGUUUCAGAUUCUAAACCCAUUUGAUUUCUCUCAUGGAGAUCAUGUAGAUCAAAAUCAGAACCACAAGAGCAGAUACUGUUGGCUCAGCAUGAGAAGACGCAUGCCUUAAUUCUUGUGUAAAAGCGUAGAUCCGUAGAGCAACUCCUUAUUUUGUCCACGAAGAGAGUAUAACAAUCGAGAAAAAUCUUGACUACGUACAUAUCCCCAGGGGAGACGAGGACACUUCAGUUUGCUUCGCCAUCCUUGAGGUCGAAAGCAAUUUCAAUCUACGUAACGAGAAAAGCAGCCAUUUCAACUGCA